AUGUUACCAUUGGAUUACUAUUGUGCAUCAGUGAAAAAGGAAUUAAAAAGACGUACAUGUAAAGCAUGUAAUCAAUAUAUUCCAUCAGCAUAUCGUAUGAAAAAUCAUUAUAAAAUUCAUGCACAAAAUUAUGAAAAUUUUGAUCAUGAUCAAGAUGAUAAAUUACCAUCACUAGCAAUAAAUGAUAUAAUAGACAAUUCAGAUGAAAGUCAAUCAAUAACAACAGCAGCUUUGGUACCUGUAGUUAGAAUCAAAAUGUUUGUUUGGCUUCGAUCAGAUUUUGAUGAGUUUGAUUCGAGUUCAACAGCAGCACAACUUGCAAAUAAUAGUGUUACACGUUUCAUGAAAAAAUUAUGUGUUAAAGAAAAUAAUGAUGAAUCAGAAAGAAAAGAUUUAGUUCAUCUAGAAUAA